AUGGUGGCCGACCAUCUGACCAUUCGCAACCUCACCUCCACGCCAGUCACGCUGAAGCGCAUUGAGCGCUUGCGACCCCUCGGCCUGACCAAAAGUGUCACCAGAGUCUUCACGAACAGGACCCGCGCCGACGCGUCGAUCACCGCCAGUGAGCCCUUCGCGCAUGAAGAUGUCGAAAUCCGCGUCGACCCCUUCCAGACGGUGAAAACCGACCUCCGCACCUAUGUCGACUCGGACAAGGAGAAACUGCGCUGGAUCUUCGAGGCCGAGGGCGAGCCCCAUCAAGUGCACACCCCCGUUCCCACCGUCGAGUCUGCGACCAUGAGGGCGCUCUGCGACGACCCCAAGCUCAAUCUCACGGCCGUCUACGUGACCCCGGAAGCCCACCUGGCCAUCUACUCCUCCGCCAGGAUGCACUCCUGGAUGGGGGAGCUCAAGGACAGCCUCCUGCUGUCCUCCCUCUCCAUCCCGGGCACCCACAACUCAGCGACCUGCUACGUCGCCCCGCCCUCAGUCCGCUGCCAGGCCGUGAGCCCCAAGGAACAGCUCCAGAACGGGGUGCGCUUCUUCGACAUCCGCGUGCAGCCACAGUACCCCGACGACGCCGCCCGCGACGAGCUGAUCCUCGUGCACGGCGUCUUCCCCAUCUCCUUCAAAGGCAACCGCUACCUGCGCGACCUGAUGCGCGACAUACACGACUUCCUCGACGCCAACCCCUCCGAAACCCUCAUCGUCUCCAUCAAGCGCGAAGGCCCCGGCACCCACACCGACCAGCAACUCAGCCGCAUCCUCGCCGACCACUACGCCCGCCCCGACAACCCCAAGUGGUACACGCGGCCCAAGAUCCCCACGCUCGGCGACGCCCGCGGCAAGGUCGUCCUCCUCCGCCGCUUCGACAUCGACGACCGCCUCAAGGCCCUCCACGACGGCCAAGGCUGGGGCAUCGACGCCGGCGGCUGGGCCGACAACUGCGACCACGCCACCUGCCCCAGCGGCCUCGUCUGCAUCCAGGACUUCUACGAGGUCCUCGCCAAGCACACCAUCCACCAGAAGGUCCAGUACGUGCUGAACCACUGCCGUCGCGCCGGCGAGCGCCGCCACCUCCCGUCUGGCGGCGGCUCCCACCCCUUCUUCGUGAACUUCCUGAGCGCCAGCAACUUCUGGAAACUCGGCACCUGGCCCGAGAAGAUCGCUGCCAAGGUGAACCCGGCGACUGUGGAGUAUCUCUGUCGGAGACACUGCGACAACGACGGCGAUUGGUCCACGGGGAUCAUGGUGACGGAUUGGGUGGGCAAGGACGGCGAUUGGGACCUUGUCCGGUGUAUUGUGGGGAUGAAUGCGCGGUUGAGGCUGCGGCAUGAGGAGCAUGGGGAGAAACGUGGUUGA